CGUGACUGUGGCUGAGUGAGGCUGGUAUCCUGGAACUUACAGAGACAAGAUAAAAAAAAUGAAUAUUGAGGUGAAAAUGAGCAUCAUAAGACUCGAACUAUGACAAAAUGGGUCUUUUUUGGAAUUACUUGUUAUUACAUCCCCUGAGGAAACCAAAAUAAUGAAGUAAUCCUUCUCGCUGCCCUCUGGACAUCACAAUUUUUUUUUACUCUGGACAAAAAACAGAGAAGGUUGGAUUUGCUUAUGUUUCCCAAGUGAAGAAGAUGAAGACUUUUAUUCUUCUCAUUCUGACAAUGGCGGUGUGUGCCAGGUGUUUAGAGGACGCGGACUCAUCAGAAAUCUCCACUUCGAGCCCCGAGGCCCUCUCCAAGGAGGAGGUGAAGAAAGACGAGGAGGAGGAGGAGGAAGAAGAAGAGACGGAAGAGGGAGAUAAUGCAAGGAGGAAAGGAAAUGUGGAAGAUGCAAAGGCGUUGGAAGGACUCGGAGAGGAACAGAAGGAAGUGGUAUCCGUUAGAGAGGUAGUGGGAGGAGGAGUGCACCUCCCUACGCCAGAGGCACUGCAAGGAGGACGUCCAGGACACUCCCUCCGCACGGGAUCCUCCAUGGGGACCCACCAGCCUCUGCAGGAAGGGACGCUGGGGACUCUGCAGACUUUGCAGGGGACUACCCUGGGGACUCACCAGCCACUGCAAGGUGGGGCAGUAGGAACCCACCAGUCACUGCAGGGUGGGGCAGUAGGAACCCACCAGUCACUGCAAGGGCUUCACCUGGGCAGGAUCCCUCCCACCUGUGCUCUGUGCUCCAGAGAGAGGAACCUUUGUAGAAUUAUAUCCGGGAUCUUCACCAGGUCUUCACUACCCUACGGCUACUCCCUCGUCACUCCUGUGCCUGCUGGUGUUUGCAAUCUCACCAUCAGUGAGAUGAAGCCUUCCAAGAACUUCUUCGCGUUGCGACGGUCGGAUGGGACUUACGUCCUCAACGGGAACUGGGACAUCCAAGCUGCGGGUCAGUAUAUAGCGGCAGGCACCACCUUCUUGUACACCCCGUCCACUGACGGCCACGGGGAGCAACUCUCGGCCCCAGGACCUCUCAGGGAACCCAUUGACUUCAUGCUGAUAUCGCAGAGUCCCAACCCAGGCAUCAAGUACGAGUACAGAGUACCACUACCAGAAUAUCUCACUGGUCCCUCCUCGGGCGGGUUAAAUCCUCCCUCGGGAGCCUUGGGCAGCCCAUCUGGAGGUCUGAGACCAAACAUGGAAGGCCAGUUGACCCCCUUCCAGCCUCUGCCUCAGGGAAAUCCAAGCAUCGCUUCGAGGAAAACGAAUUUCGGAAUCCGGAUCCCUAAUGCAGGAGGCGUGAAUCCAGGCGUCCAUGGGUUGUACCCUUACAGCACCGGAAACACCGGUCUCCCAGGAGGAAACUUCGGGCCAGUGGGUGGUGGCGGACAGAGCAGUUUUAACUCCAGCGGUAUUCCCUUUACUCCCAUCAAUUCCCAGUCUAGUGUCGUGGGAACAAAUCCAACGGGGUUUAAAAGAAAACGACCACCCUUUUUGGGAACUCAACUUGAUCCCACAACAAACAUUGGUUCUAGGGUUCCCUCUGGUAUCCCUGGCAUUCCUUCCCACAACCAGCCCAUCACACCAUUAGGGAGUGCCACCAAGACCUCAGGGACUGUACCUAUACCAUGGAGUCCCACAUAUAGCUUACAAGAAGGGGGUCGAGGGGUCUCCCUUGGGACGCCCUUCCUGCCGGGGCAACAGUAUCCAAGUGGCGGGUUCCCAGCACAAAGAUACCCGGGGCAGGUAAGAACUGACGGAGACACUGACGAGGUCAGCCACGACGCCAGCUCUUUGACUCCGCCUAGAGAGAGCGGGUUUCUACCAGAAUUCCCCAAGAACAGCUUGCCUCUGAGGCCUGUCGCUAUCCCCCGGCCUGGCACUCCAGAGGGGUCCAGAGUACUUCCUAGCAUUGUCCCUGGGCACCACCGACGACCCUCGCCCGGUGCCACCACCUCGCCCACACUUACAGUGACACACAAGACACGACACCAACAUGGCUCUCAGCUUGGACCGGGUCGAAGGAAGGUGUCCGGAAAGCCUCCAGAGUUCACGCCCUUCGAUCCAGGUGUACAGCUGACCCAACCCAACGUUUCGCCCGCCUCUACCACACACAACAGAACCAUCACAUCAGGUGGGCCAAGACGACGCGGUAAGGGAAGUCGUCGACGACCUCAUCCCCACCAGCAGGACGGCGUAGGCGCCCAUGUGGCUGACAGAGGGAAGGAAAAUCAAAAAGACAGAAAGGGACGCCAUAGGAAGCAAGGAUUAAGAUUUCAGUGGGCUGAGAAGGGGUUGACGCCGUGCUCCAGGACCUGUGGUAGAGGUAACCAGACGGUAAUAUUGUCGUGUGAGAAGAAAAGGAGCAAGAAAGUCGUUCCUGAUCGUCGGUGUGGACACCUGCCUCGCCCGGAGACAAGACUCGUCAUGUGUAAUCUCAACCCCUGUCCAGCAACGUGGAUGCCAGGGGAGUGGAGCCCAUGCAGCGUCACCUGCGGAAUGGGUGUACAAACUCGACCUCUGGUGUGUAAACAAGUGGUAUCACCUUCGCUUACCAUGAUGGUACCCAAGGCAGCAUGUCUCUCCCCUCCCACCGUCGCUACCUCUCAGGUGUGUGAGAUGGGUCGAUGUUCAAGCAACACCCCUGAGUGGGACUCAGGGCCAUGGAGUAACUGCUCAGCCCCUUGUGGCCUCGGUACCCGCACCAGGACGGUUACCUGCAUCUUGAGAAGCGUUCCUGUGAGUGAGGAGAGUUGCUCAUCCAACACCAGGCCAGAUAAGGAGCAGGUCUGCGACAUGGGAUCCUGCGCCACCAAUACCUGGUUUUUCUCUAGAUGGUCUGAACAGUGCUCGGAGACAUGCGGGACGGGUGUACAGAGGAGACGUGUGCAUUGUUUGGCAGGAGAAGAGAACUUCGGGGAGCAAACAGGAGGGUGUCCCUCUGUCAACACUCCCCACAGAACCAGGCCUUGCAGAGAGGAGAGUGGCUGUGGUGGCCAGUGGUUCCUAGGUCCUUGGGGAGAGUGCAGUGAGGAGUGUGGCUUGGGGGUGCAGACUCGCUCGGUGCUGUGUGUGGUGUUGAGUCGUCAACGCUGGCGGGUUCUGCAAGACUCACACUGUAAGGUGGAGUCCAGACCUCAGGACUCCCGCCAGUGUAACCUCCAGCCCUGUACACCUGAGUGGUACACCUCUGAGUGGUCCCAGUGCUCGGCUUCGUGCGAGGGAGGCGUCAUGAGACGGGAGGUGACGUGCCUCGACGCCACACACACGCCAACGGCUGACUGCUUCAACCUCACUCGCCCCGACAUCCGCCAGCCAUGCAACCUCCAUCCCUGCAACGCCUCCGCCGUCCCUGAAGACCAAGAGCUAGAGCCUGCUGCAGGUGCUGUUGACACCAGAAAGCCUGCGUACAGUAGGACAGCCUCGUCCAAGAGCAGCGCUGCUGAAGAGUCAGGAGUGAAGGGACCAGCUGGAGGCGAGGCGAGGGUAGGUGAAGAACAGGACGCCCCUCCUGACGAAGGUCAUGCAACACAGAGAGAGGAUGGCAAGGAGGAAGAUGGGACGAAGGAUGAGCAGGAGGAAGAAGAGGGAGAGGAGGAGAAUGAACUAGUAGUUGAGGAGACUACAGGCAGCGCCCUCAAUGUUAUCCCUGACAAGGACGCACAAGGGGACGAGUCUGUUUCAGGUAACGAGGACGAGGAUAAGGAAAUAGACGACGACGUUGACGAGGACGAGGACGAGGAGAAGAAGAGGAAGAAAAAGAAGAAAAAAGAUAGAAAGAAGGAAGGGCAUGAUAAGGGUGGGACAGAAGCUUCGGAGGAUACCACAAAGUAUCAUCCAGCCACUGAGGAGCCAGCUUGUAUUGACCGAAUAAAGAACUGCCAUCUGGUUUUCCGAGCAAGGUUGUGUCGUCUCAAAUACUACAAUAAACUCUGCUGUCGCACCUGCAGUAAUACUUGAAAAACACGGUCAGCAAAAGCCACUGCUGAAGAAGACUGUACCGAAUAUCGUAAUAAAUAUACUUCCAGGAGUUAUCCCUAAUACUUGAUAGUAGCAGUAAACAUAGCGGGGAAACUGGAAUAAAUAUUACGGAUAUCAUUAACUAGAAAAAAUGUGAAGUUCAUACAUUAUUAAAAAAUGGAAUCUGUGGUGGCCAGACCUCAAGAAAAUGGCCACAAUCGUUGCUGAAAACUCCCCCCCCCCCAAAAAAAAAAAAGAGGAUGACAGAUAUACUUGUGGGUUCUCAUAGAUAACGGGGCUUUGACUGCUAUAGGUAACCGCAUCAAUCUUGUCACUCUACAAAAAUACUUCAAUAGCUACCAAAAAUUGUGUGUUCAAGGAGAAGUCUCCUGCUUAUAACUACACUCAGGAGAGACAUUAUCAAAGCAUUCACUUUAGAAAUAUUUGCGCUUGUGACUUAAUGUGCUUGAACUCUCAUCUGCAGUGAGACAUUGCAAGACUUUUUAAGUAUGUAUGUAAUAUAUAUAUAUAGCAACAGUAGAAAUAAUAUUGAAAUAUUUAAUUUAAACUAUCUCUAGAAUAAUGACAUCAGGUUAGAGUAGUAAGUGUAGCAGAUAGUUUAAUUAAGUGAAAGUUUGAAAGAUCUUUGCUUUAAUUUUUCUUUAAGAUAUUCAGAAAUACGAGACACUGGAAAUCAUUCAUCCGUAUUUAGUCAUUAAUACGACUGUAACUUAUUUUUUUUUCACAUACAAAAAGUUGGUAAAACAAAUGAUGACAGAAAAUUACUGAUAACUGACGAGAGUGGAAAUAUUAAUUGCAAAGGAAUUGAUAUGAGAUUGGUAAUGAAGGUGAUAAUUGUAACUGUGAUUAUUAUAGUAAUUAUAAGUUUUAUGGUAAUAUGGGUAAGAAUAAUUACAAAGCGCCUGGUGGACGAAUGGAAAAAAAUGGAUGUGUUUUUCUGAUCAUUUUUGCAGAAAUUACACAGAGACAAGUGCAUCAGAGAACCACAGGAAGAAACUGUGCUAAAGAAAAGGAAAAUUUAUGUUACCUAACUAAAACCGGUGAUAUAAUAACUAAAUAGAACUUCUGGAUAGAAGUGCUAACAGUUUUUCAUUUAUUUCUAAUUUGUGGGUUAGUUAUAAAUUAUUCAAGCCACAAUAUUGUGAUUUGUAGUCUACAUUAAUAUAAUUACCUCAGAAACCACAUUAAGAAAGAAAAAAAAGAACUGGAAAUCACAGUUUGUGAUUAUAAAGUGAUUUUGAAGCUUGUUGAGAGUUUAAAAGUUUUUUCCCAGGAAGUGUAUAGAAGACAUUUUACAAGAUGACCCAUAGAUGUGAAGGAAUGCAGUUAAAUGGUCUUCAAAAUGUAGUUACCGACGGGGAGUGAGGACUGCGGGGAAGAGGACAUUGAAGUCGAGCAAGUGAUCCAAGUCACAAAAAUGGACCGAAUAAGAGUAGUUGCUGAGCAGGAUGCUAUUAUAAUGAUCCUUUUAAGCAGGGGUACUCAAGUACCACUUGAGCAAUAGAUGUACUAGUGGCACGUUAGCAGCAAAUGACAACAGAGCAUCCAUUGAGCGUCAGAAAGUAGAGUAACCAAGAGGCAUUUCAGUGUUGCACGAAGGCAAGAUAUAUGAAUAGGACUUUAGCAAGUUGUUCUUGAACAUGAAUAUAUAUAUAUAUAUAUAUAUAUAUAUAUAUAUAUAUAUAUAUAUAUAUAUAUAUAUAUAUAUAUAUAUAUAUAUAUAUAUAUAUAUAUAUAUCACUUGAUCAAGAUAUAUUUGUCGAGGAUUAGAUUUUCGACUGACACUUGAAUGGGAUAAUUAUUUAAUAUCCUGGUCGAGUGUUGAUGUAGUUGAUGUGAUGGCCGGUUUAAACUGUGCCUCUUUGUUUAUGUGAGACUGACCAGGUAGUAGACAUAGUCGUUCACCGUGAUGUUGGUGCCGGUGAUUCAUGAGAUGUUUGCGUUAUGCUUGCUCUCUCUCUCCCUCCCUCCCUUCUCUCUCUUUCCCUCCUCUCUCUCUCUCAUACACACAAAAAUAGUUACUGGUCCUGUGAAACCUCUCUCUCUUCGAAAGUUCAAUUGAAUCAGUGUUUCCAUCGGCUGUUUCCAUUCCCCAUCUUCCCUCCAUUCUUCCUCAGUAUUAUUAUAUUCCAGCUUUGAUUCCCUCGACAAUUAUUUUCACAUCUCUCUCACUUUCUAUGUUAUCUUCAUCUUCACCAUCACCUACCGCCAUACACUCCACAUUUUUUUAUAUAAUUUUUUCCCUCCCAGUUACUUCCUCUCACUCCAUCCCCCCCUCGUGUUAUUUCCAAAUACUUCCACUGUCGAUACUGUCCAGAUAUGUCGCUGCCGAUAGUGUCCAGAUACUGCCACUGUCGAUUACACGUUAAAUGUUUUAUUAGAGAUCUUACUAAACAUUUAUUUACGAGUGCCAAUAUCAAAUGACCGAUGUUUUCACUCUUCCUCUGGGCGAGUUGUUGGUAACUGGCAUCUGAGGUAACGUAGCCAACACUUUCCUCUUAGUACACACGACCUAUGUUUAUCUUUGCGUCACCACGAUGUUGUAAAUAAUGUCACAUCAUUUUAAGACGCUACAGGUUAGAUAUUUUUUUUUUUUUUUGAAGGUGGUGUAGGAUGAAGAUCUGGAAAACAAGAGGAUUUCGGUUUGGUGAUGUUUGUCAGGAAAAUGGUUCCUAACGUGGGUCUUAGUCAUCUGAUGACCAGCAGCUGGAGGGAAAUUUUGGUCAUCUGACCGAAGCCUUCCGCUGGCUUACCGGUCCACCCCUUUAAAAUAUACGGUUAUAAUUAUUCCACAAGCGGAUUCUCAGCCAGUUAAAGGUCUCCGUAUUUCGAUCCAAACGUCGUACCGUCGUCAGUAAGGAAGAGAAAGCUUUUUAUUUUGGGUACAAGGUUUCGCUCUGUGUAUAGACUUUCAGACUUGAUACAGCUCUAGAUAGAGCACCGUUUUGUUCCUGUUAAUGUUUAUUCCGUGUCAGGAGACAUUGAUCUUGUUUCCUGACGAACAAAACACCACCGCCAUUACCACCACUAUAUAGUUACGUGUUCUGUAUCAAUUCAUGAGAAAUUUAUUACUAUUAAAAUUUUUCAUUAUUAUUAUUAUUAUUAUUAUUAUUAUUAUUAUUAUUAUUAUUAUUAUUAUUAUUAUUAUUAUUUUCUCCUUUUUUCUUCUUCAUCUUUUUCACAUUAUUAUUAUUUUUGUAAAACCGCAAUUAGCAUACGGAGGAUUAAGACCGCACCAGUCCUCAUGCUGAAUGACCCUCACGGGUUUUGCGCUUCAUGAAAUACAUUUGCAAAUUAUUGCAUGAUAUGGUAAGGUGUAUAUUAUUAUGAAUAAUUUUACGUAACAUUGACAAUAUUGUCUGAUAUUUCAUAUAUUUUUCUUUUCUGUCUACAAGUGACUCAUUAACUUAUAUUAUAGUCUAUGCAUAUAUAUAUAUAUAUAUAUAUAUAUAUAUAUAUAUAUAUAUAUAUAUAUAUAUAUAUAUAUAUAUAUGUGUGUGUGUGUGUGUUUGCAUUUCAUGGUAAAAAUGAUUUUGCUCUCUAUAGGUGAUCAGAUGCAAACUUUGAGAGAGUGAGAGAGAGAGAGAGGGAGAGAGAGAGAGAGAGAGAGAGAGAGAGAGAGAGAGAGAGAGAGAGAGAGAGAGAGAGAGAAAGCGCGAGAGAGAGAGAGCGAGAGAGAGCCAAUUUCAGUCUUUGAAUAGUGAAACACAAGAGAUAUAAUCUCAUCCUUUAGAUGAUGCAAUCUCGCCCUGUGGUUGUAACAUCUUCACUCUGUGGAUGCUGCAGCCUCAUCCUGUUGAUGCUACAACCUCGAUCUGUAGAUGUUGCAACCUCAUUGUGGAUUGACUCACUACGACCUCAUGAUCACUCGCUAGUCUAACUUUCAAUGAUUGCCAGCCUAUUUACUAGUAUAUAUCCUGUCAUCUUCCAUUCUUCCGUACCUCCAUGAUUGUUAUCCUGGUAUCACCGUCUCGGAGUAUUCCUCCAACUCUCCCCGUAAAGUGACUGUAGCUUUUGUCAUUAACUAUCAAAAUCAUGAGUGUAAUAUAAAGAGUGAAUGAAUUAAUGCAUAAUAUAAAUUUUUGCAAUUUUGAUUGUCGCUCUGUCUAAAUUAAUUGAAAGCCAGCCAGUAUAAAUCGUCCGAUUUUAGCAAUAUAUAUAUAUAUAUAUAUAUAUAUAUAUAUAUAUAUAUAUAUAUAUAUAUAUAUAUAUAUAUAUAUAUAUAUAUAUAUAUAAAUAGUUUAAGAAGUUGUCGAAGCAUUUAACGUCAUAUCCAUAUUUUUUUCAUGUAAUUUGGGUAUAUAGAUAUGCUCUUUUCUAAAACGUCUGACAUUCAAAAGAGUAUAUCUAUCCAAUUCUAUUUAUUGUCACUCUUGGGAUGGCUUCACGUCGCUUCUUGUUCGCCGUAAAAUGAACAAGUCGAGUAAUAAUGCUUAUAGAGUUAUUUAACACCUUGCCAUCAGUGCUACAACCGUGUCGAAGGGCUUUAUAUCUCUCUGAUGCCCUGGUAAAUGUUUAAUCUUCCAAAAUCUGCAAAUCUUACCCAAAUUUCUGCGAGGGGAUCCAUAGAUGAAGUUUGGUUUCGUCCUGAGUCAAAAUGAUUCUGAUAAUAGUAGUAACCGGUUCACCGUCGUUCUUUGGUUGCCUCUCCAAAUCGUGGAUUAGCAGCCACAAUGCCGUGGCUGGAACCGUUCCAGCCACGGCAUUGUGGUGUUUAUUCCCAGUAAAAUAAAUUAGUCUCUAGCAUUUGUUCUGCUGGAUCCGUGAUAACAAUGCUUUAUCCAGGAAUGCCAGAGAUCUCUCCUCUACUGGUCGGUGUUCAUGAUGUAAAUUAGAAGUCCCUUUACAUCGUGUUCACUUGUUCACUAAUGUCAGGAGUAACUUAUAAUGAUCGUAGUAGUGUGGAAUAUAGGUGUUGUGGUGUUUAAAGUGAUUAGGUUGCAUUUAAAGCGAGUAGACUGUCUCUAGAACGAGAGGGUUUUAUUUAGUGCGAGUACGAUGUCACUUCAACAAGUGACGUAUAUCUUCAACACUUACGAUGCCUCUACAGCAAGUAGUAUGCGUCUUCAGUGAGUUAGAUAUCUCUCCAGCGAGUAGAAUGUUUCUACAGUGAGUAGGAUAUCUCUACAACGAGUAAGACGUCUCUUGACAUAGUCAACUUUAGAUGUCAAUCAUAAAAUUUCAAGCCUCCCGAUAAAGGUGUUUAGACAAUAGAUGUAUACAAAACAAUUACCCCAAAAUCUCAGCCUUUUAUUGUUCGACAACAACGCUUUCCCUGACGUUAUUGUGUAUCUCCAACUAUCACUUUAGACCUUUUUUAUGUCUAAGAUAAUCUUACAUUUAUUGCGUAUCUUUAAGCUUUUGUCGUAUCUAUGCUUCUUCUGUUGUGUUGUCUGUGUUUCUUGUAUUGCAUUAUGUAAGUUCUUUAUUUAGUCUUAUCAACGCUUCUUCUAUUGCCUAUCUGUUCUAAUUUUUAUCUUGCCUAUGCUUCAUUUAUUGUCUUCCUCGUAUUGUGGUAUCUUUACUUCUGCAAUUACUUUUUCUCGAAAAGUCUAUAUAAGGUCAUUUCGUUCUUCAUUGUCAUGUUGACACACCUUUCUUCUUCAGUUUACUUUAUUCUCCGUGCAAAGUUUAUUCACUUCUCCGUGCAAAGUUUAUUCACUUCUCCGUGCAAAGUUUAUUCACUUCUCCGUGCAAAGUUUAUUCACUUCUCCGUGCAAAGUUUAUUCAUAGUUCAGAAAUAGCUUAACAUCGUAAUCUCCUUCAUUACAGUUUAAUGUUUAAUCAUUUCUUUGCUUCCCGUCCGGCUUUCUGCCUACAUUCUCCCUUCCCUCCUUCCAUCUCCCUUCCUCUCCCUCCCAGUCUCUCUCCACUUAUUUAAUCUCUACUUCUCCAUUUACUUUUCAUUUAUAAGUAUUAACUACCUUCAUUUAUGCGCAUUUUCACCAGCAAUUUGAAACCAUCAUUCAUUUAUUUUAUCUCUGAAUAUCAUUAUGUCGUAAAUAAAAUAAAUAUCUAAGUGAACGGUGUAAAAAUACCUUUCCUGGAAUAAAGAUAACUUUAUUAAGUAUCUUUCGUAUAGAAACCCUGCAGACAGACGGCCUCUGUCUGUCUGUCUGUCUUUGUCUGUGUCUCUGUUAAUUCACUGUGUUCUCUGGUUCGCAAUAUUCGUGCCAUAAUGUUUGUAAAUAAGUGAUAAUUGUGUCUCUUACAUCGUAAAUAAAUUAUGUGAAAAACU